AUGAGCUACGAUCGUGCUAUAACAGUCUUCUCCCCUGACGGUCACCUGUUCCAAGUGGAGUAUGCGCAGGAGGCUGUCAAGAAAGGCCUAGCGACGGUUGGUGUGCUGGGGAAGGACAGCAUCGUGAUCGCUAUCGAGAAGCGCUCUGUUCAGAAGUUGCAAGAUAGUCGUACGAUUCGUAAGAUAUGUAAAGUCGACGACCACAUCUACCUCGCCUUCGCGGGGCUCUCCGCGGAUGCCCGUGUGCUCAUUAACAAGGCCCAGUUAGAGUGCCAGCGUUUUCGGCUCAACUAUGAAGACGCCAUGGAUGUCGACCUGUUGGUUCGCUUUGUUGCCCGUGUUCAGCAAAAGUCAACGCAGAGUGGUGGCAGCCGGCCAUUUGGUGUCUCCACCAUCAUCGGUGGCUUCAACGAAAACGGCCAGCCGCAUCUGUGGAAGACUGACCCGUCGGGGAUGACCUCCGCGUGGAAGGCGACGGCGAUCGGCAGACAUGAUCAAACAGUUAUCGAAUACAUGGAGAAGUUGUAUAAGGAGAAUAUGACGCGCGACGAGUGCGUGCACUUCGCGAUUAAAUCACUCCUGGAGGUGGUCGAGAGUGGAUCCAAGAAUGUGGAACUCCUCGUGUUAGAGUACAAGAAGGCGAGCUACCUCAGCGAUGAGGAGCUCAGUAUGUUUGUCGAAGAGGUGGAAAAGGAAAGGGAAGAGGAGGCUGCUAGAAAGGAACGCCAGGCUGAACAAGAGUAA